AUGGGGACUCUACUCCCGGGACCGCUUUGGCUCGUGCUGCCGCUCCUGGUUGCGCUGCCCCGAACCGGCUUGGCCCUGUGGCUCCUCGACACCCCGGAGCCGGUCUGCUCCCAGCCGGGGCUAAACUGUACUGUCAAGAAUAGUACCUGCCUGGAUGACAGUUGGUUCCGCCCUCCCAAUAUGACACCAUCUUUCCCUAAAGAUGUCAUCAUCAGGCUGGGCUUUGAACACAACAGAAAUGGAGACCUGUUUCCUGUGGUGCACAUUGAAUGGAAAGUAAGGACAGAUGGCAGCAUCCUGUUUCUCAAGGGUGCUGAGCUGUCGGUGCUACAGAUGAGCACCAAUGAACAACUGUGCGUUGAAUUUAAAUUUCUAAACCAACUUCAACAUCAACUGCGCCCAGAUUUGAGUAGGUGGCAUUUCGCCUUCAAUAACUUUGUGGUGGAGCCUGGCCAAGAAUAUGAGAUAACAGUACAACACCUGCCCAAGCCAGAACCCAAUAGAGACCCAAACCAUCAGUCCGUGCCUUUCCGGGUACCUGACUGCAGGGACCCCAGAAUGAGAGUGACUAACCCCUGUGUGCACUCAGGAAGCUUGUGGGAGCCUGACAUCACUGGAGAAAGACUCCAGAACAACUCCCUGGUGGUGAGCUUUAAUCUGUGGAAUGAAUCAAUCUCUUAUAAGAUCCUCGUGAAUGGUUUUCCAAACGCAGAGACCAACAGCUGUUAUGAAGGCCUUCGGUUCAUUAACCAGUCCACCCAAGAAGAAGUCCACCAUCGAACAAAUGUCACAUUCCCCCUGCAAAAUGUGAACGCCUGCUGCCAGUACAGUGUGCAGAUCCAGCCAUUCUUCCAGAGCUGUCAGAAUGACUGCCUUAGACACACCCUGUCCAUCCCUUGCCCAGUGCUCCCAUCCCUGACUCCAAUCUGCCCUCCAGAUGGUGUGCCGCUGUGGGUUUAUUGGUUUAUCACUGGCAUCUGUAUCCUGCUGGUAGGCUCUGUCAUAUUCCUGACCAUUUGCAUGACUCAGAGAAAGUCUGCGUUUCCUUCUGAAAAUGACACCAGAAACCCUGAUAUUGCCCCCCUGGACACUCAGACUCUUCCACACUUGAAGCCCCGGAAAGUCUGGAUCAUUUACUCAGCUGAUCACCCCCUCUAUGUGGAUAUAGUUGUCAAGUUUGCCCAGUUCCUCAUCACUGUGUGUGGCACUGAAGUGGCCCUGGACCUGCUAGAGGAGAAACUGAUCUCAGAGGUGGGAGUCAUGGCUUGGGUGAGUCGACAGAAGCAGGAAAUGGAGGAGAGCAAUUCGAAAAUCCUCAUCCUGUGUUCCCGAGGCACCCGAGCCAAGUGGCAGGCAAUCCUUGGCUGGGAAGAGCCUGCCGUUCAGCUCCGGUAUGACAGGUGGAAACCUGCUGGGGACCUAUUCACAGCUGCCAUGAAUGUGAUCCUUCCAGACUUCAAGAAACCAGCCUGCUUUGGGAUGUACGUUGUCUGCUACUUCGAUGGCAUCAGUGAUGAGGCUGAUAUCCCUGACCUAUUCAACAUCACCUCUAAAUAUCCAUUGAUGGAGAAGUUUGAGGAGGUUUAUUUCCGGAUCCAGGAACUGGAGAUGUUUGAGCCAGGUCGAGUGCACAGGGUCAGGGAGGUCACUGCUGAAAACUACCUCCAGAGUCCCAGUGGCUGGCAGCUCAAAGAAGCAGUACAGAGAUUCCGGGAAUGGCAGGUCAAGUGCCCCAACUGGUUCGAACAGGAGAAUCGCUGUUUGGAAGAUGAAGAUGACUUAUCAUCGUUGAGCGGGGAGAUGUUUGAAGAGUCAUCGUUACCACCAGGAGGGGGAAUAAUGAAACAAACGCCCCUGAUACAGGAGCCUUCUACUGGGGACCAUAUGGUGGUGGAUCUCCUCAUCAGUGAGGAAGAAGAAGGGGUCUCCAGGCUGGAUGCUCAGUUUCUGUCCCAAGGGUCUUCUCUCACCCACCAAACAGUAGUCCCCAUAGAAAAUGCCCUACUGACUUCUGUGGUAGAGCCUGUCUCAUGUGAGAAUGGUGAUGGUAAAACCAGUCAGCAGGCAGUGGUAGGUGAAGAGGACAUGGAAUGUGUCCCACUGUUGGAAGCCAAUGUUCCCCAUAGGAACAAUGUAUUUUUCCUCCCUGUAGACUCUGAAGCUUCCCCUCUCUCCAGCACUCCAGUGCCAUCAUCUAACUAUCUCCCAGCUCCAGUAAGAGAUCAGCUAGAGGGCUUAAUGUACUCCCUCUUUCAGCAGAGUCUUGGUGUUUCGAGUGAGGAAGAAUGGGAAAGACAGCAGCUGGUCUCCAAUAACCCUUAUACUCCCUAUGAGGAAGAACAGAGGCAGUCAGUGGAGUCUGAUCAAGGUUACAUCUCCAGGAGCUCCCCACAGCCUCCUGAUGGGUUUGUAGAAAAGGAAGGAGAGGAAGAGGAUGAAGAGAAAGAAGAGCAGGAUGGAGAAAAAUCGACAGAGUUUCUUUCUCCCGAUGUUUUGGAGAAUCUGAAGAGCCUUCAGCAGCGACUGUUAUUCCAGGAGAUACAACAGAACUAACUGGGACUGCCUAGAUGA